GGUUGCUCAUAGCCGACGAGGAGCAAUUGUAUCACAGGAAAGCACUGUGUACCUCAUAGUGUACGAGUAUAUCUUUGGUGUCGUGGGUGAUAUAAGACACCUCAGCCGCGGUAUACGCUGCUCUACACUUUAUUACAAGCCAUAAACAGUGCACACGACAUUCACUUAUUCAUAUACUUUAAAACAAGUCCUGAUCGCACUCGUAGGUCAUUUUCUAUGACAUUAUGCACAUCAAACAAGUCACCAUCCAAGGCUUCAAAAGCUACCGAGACCAAACGGCAUGCGAACCAUUUCACAGUGGCCACAAUGUGGUGGUCGGAAGGAACGGAAGUGGAAAAUCAAAUUUCUUCUACGCCAUUAGAUUCGUGUUGAAUGAGUUUACUAAUCUGCGUCAAGAGGACAGACAGGCGCUUUUGCAUGAAGGCACAGGUGCGGCAAUGAUGUCCGCGUAUGUAGAGAUCAAAUUCGAUAACACGGAUCGAAGACUUCCAUUCGAACGAGACGAAGUGGAACUACGCCGAUCUAUUGGGUUAAAGAAGGACGAGUACUUUCUCAAUCGUAAGCAUAUCAGCAAGAGUGAUGUCAUGAAUUUGCUGGAAAGCGCAGGCUUCUCGCGUUCCAAUCCGUACUAUAUCGUACAGCAGGGAAAGAUACAAGCUUUAACGGUUGCCAAAGACCACGAGCGCCUGAAAUUACUGAAGGAGGUUGCUGGUACCAGUGUGUACGAAGACAGGCGACGCGAGAGUCAGAAGAUCAUGGAAGAAACAGAUGGGCGCCGGGAGAAGAUCGGCGAAGUGUUCAACUAUGUAGAGGAGCGUCUGGCUGAGCUGGAGGAUGAGAAAGAUGAACUCAAGGAGUACCAAAAAACUGAUCGCGAAAAACGCUCACUCGAAUACACCAUCCAUGAUCGCGAACUCAAGGCUAUCAAUUUGGAACUAGAUGAGAUUUCCGAGAAGUACCUGCACGAGACUGAAGACGCAGAGCGCUUGGAACGGGAUAUGAUUCAGACCACCACCGACAUUGAGAAAGCCGAAGAGGAGUUGGAGGCGAAGACUGUGGCGCUGGCCUCCAGCCAGAAAGCACAGGUUGAUGUUGAGAAGGAUCGGGAAGAGCUAGUCAAGAAUCGCACGGAGCUCGAGUUGCAAAUUGCCGAUAUCGAGACUCAUCAGGAGAAUGAAAAGUCCCUCAAGUAUAAUCUGGAGAGGCAGAUGGCUCAGAUAGAGAUUGAUGUGGAGAACAAAGAGAAGCGAUUGGACCAGCUAAAACCGGAAGUGGAGGCAAUCGCCGAAGAGGAGCUGUCCGUCAAUAAGGAACUCAUGAUAAAAGAACGGCGGGCAGAUGAUCUCCAAGCCAAGUUGGGCCGACAGAGUGUGUUCAAGACCAAACAAGACCGCGACGAUUUCUUGCAUAAGGAAAUUAAGCUCUUAUCCAGUGCCAAAGCCAAGACGGAUAAGCAAUACGAGAUGAAAAACGCAGAGAACAACGCACUCGACGAUUCCAUCCAAAAGACCAUGGGGACAAUUAAAGAGGAGGAAAAGAAAGUCACAGUACAAACGCAAGAGCUUGAGACCAUAAACAGAGAGUACUCGAAUCAAUGCGCAGAACGCUCGGAGUUACAAAGCCAACGAAAAAAGCUCUGGCGUAAAUCGCAGGAUUUGGACAUGACUCUUGAGAGCGUGCGGAGUAGUCUGAGCAGAAACGAGAAGACUCUUCAGGGCACAAUGAACAAGCAACUGUCGAGUGGGCUCAAAGGCGUGAUGAAGAUUGCGGAGGAGAAUGGCAUCGCCGGGGUAUACGGCCCACUCAUUGAACUAUUCACAUGCGAGGAGAAAUUCAAUACAGCCGUGGAGGUCACAGCUGGCAAUGCGCUAUUCAAUGUGGUAGUGGAUUCAGAUGACACUGCCUCUAAGAUUCUGGAGGUGAUGAACAUUCACAAAGUGGGUGGAAGGGUCUCAUUCAUGCCACUCAACCGAUUGGCUGACCAAAAACAGAACUAUCCCAGCACACAGGACUCUUUCCCAAUGGUCACGCGCCUCAAAUUCGACAACCGCUAUCGACUUGCGAUGAACGAAGUCUUUGGCAGAAUCAUGGUUUGCCGCAACAUGGAUGUGGCCACCCAAUUGUCUAAGUCAGCCGAUAUGAACUGUAUCACCCUCGACGGUGAUCAAGUGAGUCGGAAAGGUGCCUUGACUGGUGGAUACCACGACGUACGAAGGUCACGGUUGGAAGCCAUGAAGAAACUGCGGUCAGCCAGAGAAGCUUUGACUGAGAAUUCACAGGAACAGGACAGUAUUAAAAUGGAGCUCGAUGUCGUAGUGGGACAGAUCAACGCUGUCAGCUCAGAGAUACAGAGGCUUGAAAACCGUCGCAACCACCUCAAAGAGGCGCUGGGUCGACGGAAAGAGGAACUCAGAGACGAUCGGCAGUUGCUGCGGGAGCGUAUGAAGGAGUUGGACACUCAACGCUUGUCUCUCAAUGAUUUGGAAAGCAGCAAUGCAGCCUUGGCAUUGAAACUGGAGAGUCUCAAGAAAGAGAUGCAGGGUGACUUCCGUGAUUCGCUCACCGUGGAAGAGAGACAGGAACUGGGUUCGCUGGGGCAGGAGAUUGCGGUGCUGAAAAAGAAGAGUUUGUCGCUUGAUCAUCAACGCCUGAAGCUGGAUGCCGAACGACAGAAUUUGGACAACGAAAUCGGGUCGAUUUUGAGCCGAAAACAAACAGAGGUGGGUGCCAAACUGGACGCCAUGCGCUAUGAGACUGGUGCUGACUACGGAGAAAAACAAUCGGCAUUGUACACUGUAAAUACUGAGUUGAAGGACCUUGACACUCGCUUGCGAGAGUUGGAGGCCACCUCGAAUGGACUGCGAAAGGCUGUCGACGCUGCACAAAAGAAGCUGUCCAAGGGCAAGAGCCAGCUACGGAAGAUUGAGGCGGCCAUUGCAGAGGAGAGUAGCAGUCAGCAGAACAUGCUCAAGAAAAAGAGUGCGCUUGUGGAGAAGAAGGAUGAUGUGACGCGUAAGGUACACGAACUGGGCUCACUGCCGAUCAAUGCCUUCGAAAAGUACAAGGAUCAUAGCCUGCCAAAGCUGUACAAACUGCUGCACACAGCAAAUGAGAAAAUCAAAAAGUACAGCCAUGUCAACAAAAAGGCUUUAGAUCAAUAUGUGAGUUUUGGAGAAGAAAGAGAAAGUUUGGGCAAACGCAAGGCCGAGCUGGAUCUGGCAAAGAAGUCCAUUGAGGAAUUAAUUGAUCACUUGGAUCGCUUGAAAGACGAGUCCAUCGAGCGCACAUUCAAGCAAGUAUCGAAGCAUUUCUCGGAUGUUUUCUCCCAAUUGACUGCUGCUACUAAGGGCAAGGCUGAGCUUGUUAUCUUAAGAGCAACACCAGGCCAAGAUAAUGAUGCAAAUGACAGUGACGAAGAACAAGACGGUGACGGAUCAGUUUCGCAAUAUACUGGUAUCGCUAUCAAGGUGUCGUUCACUGGCCGUAAAGACGACGUACAAUUGGUGCAACAGUUGUCGGGAGGUCAGAAGUCUGUGGUAGCCUUAGCUCUGAUCUUUGCAAUCCAGCGGUCCGAUCCCGCCCCCUUCUACCUGUUUGAUGAGAUUGAUUCUGCGUUGGACGAUACAUACAGAACGGCAGUUGCAGAUGUGAUCUACAAUUUGUCUCACGGAGAAGAUCCCGCGCAAUUCAUCACCACAACAUUCCAUCCCGAGAUGCUGCAACGUGCCGACCAGUACUACGGCAUCACAUACAAAAACAAGAUCAGCUACGUCAACUGUAUUGAAAAGGACGAGGCCCUGAAGUUUGUUACACAAAACUUGAAUGCACCACCUGAAGGAGGAGUCGGAGGGCGCUGAUCGCAAUGGUAGGCGAAGUAUAGUGAGCACUCUACCAGCUGUUCGCGAUGAACACAAUAGGCCCUCUCGUUCCUAAGCAUCUAGCAUCAACCCUGUGUCGAAUGCAUGCCCAUAUUUUUCAGUAUACUACUUGCUGUGUAUGUAGGCUUCACACAAAUCACGGACAUUCGAGAAUAUCUACUGUGAUAGUAUAACCG